AUGGGCGUGAAAUCGUGUGAUACAUUUCGUGAAAUUGAUGAACUUUUUAUCGACUAUGAGAAAAAUGAGGACAAAUUUAACAAUGCCUAUGGACCAUAUAAUAAUUAUUGCCCUGUAAAUAAUGGGGGCAGAAAAUGUGAAACGAAUUAUGAAAAACUGAAUGCUAUUUCUAGAUAUGCAUAUAUGGAAUUAAUUCAAAAUAAGAAGGUGGAUCUAGAAAGUGAAAAUGACCUACGUGCUGAUUUUUUGGUUAUGAGAUUGUGUGAUAUAUUAUAUAAACUAUCAAACAAUCCGAAUUUAUCUCUAAAAGAUGCAUUUGAGAAAUAUUUAGAUAAACAUAUGGGGGCGUUUAAUCAUUGGAGCAUCUUAAGUAAUAAAAAGUAUUUUAAUGGUUCUAACAUUGGUAUUAUGAAUGGAUUUUAUUUUUUAUUUCAGCAAAUUUGUGAAACAAUUAAUAGAUAUAACAAUCCUAAUGCAAAAACAUACGAACACACACACGAUAUUCAACAAUUCUAUAUUAUUUAUCACACACUUUAUAAUUUUGUUAAUCGUUGUGAUCCGUAUCUUCAAUUAUUUUAUCAUUUAAAAACAAUAUAUGAUGAUAUUAUAAGUGGUGUUAUUAAAUUCGAUGCCAAUGACCAAGAAUUAAGUAAUCAGAUUAUAAUGCUUUCAUCGAUAGAUACAACCAAGUUGUUAUCUGAAUUCAAUACUAAAGGAUGCAAACAAGUGCAUAAAAAGUUAGAACAAAAUAUAUCCAGGAAUAAAGAGAAGUCAGAAGAGGAAGAAGAGGAACAAGGUGGAUUUGAUACUUUAAUCGACUUAUUUGGUCUUGAUGAUGACGAUGACGAUAAUGAUGGUGGCAAUGAUGAUUUAGAUUUAGAUGAAGAAGAAGAUGGUGAUGACUUGCAAAAUACCACACAAGGAACACCACCAGUAUCUGUACCAGGGCCACAACAACCUGGACAAUCAACAUCAGUACCUGUAAAACAAGUACCUACACCGUCAGGAGCGUCACCAAGCAUACCUGACAAUGGAAGCGAUACAAUAGGAAGUAAAGAUAAAGUAGUAGACAGUACCCAAAGCCAAGAAAAUACUAAAGGGGGUGAACAAACAGAUACAGGUGGUGACACAGGAAAUAAAGCAAAUCUCCAAAGCGAUUCAAGCAUUCAUACCCCAACUUCGGGUAACAAUCAAGGAGGCGAAUCAAGAGAUGGAUUGGAUGGUGGGUCAAAUGGCAAUCAAGUAAAUCAAGGAGGAUCAGGAGGUAUAAAUGAUGGAAAGGGCGAUAAAGACAUCAGUAAAGGAGGUACAUGUACUGGAUCAUGUGACGGAGCAGAUAGUGGAACAGGAAGCGGAAAAGGAGGUACAAAUAAUACAUUACCCAGUCAAGGGAAUUCAAGCAAUCAAGGAGGUUCAGAUGAUGGGUCAAAGGGAUCAGGGGACCAGGAUGCAACAAAAUCAUCAGAAACAUUUUAUGGAUAUUCGUCAAGCAAUUGGGGAAGUCGUUUAAACCCCCUAAAUUAUUUACCUAGCGCUUCCAGUAUAUAUCAAUCUUCAAAGAAUAUUUUAACAAGUGCCACUAAUCAAGUCAAUAAUGCAUAUAAUAGUGCUGUGACCGCUGUAAAAGAUAAUUAUGAUAGCGUUGUGGCCGCUGUAAAAGAUACUUAUGAUAGUGCUGUAACUGCUGUAAAAAAUACUUAUGACACCACUAUGACCACUGUAAAAGGUGCUUAUAGUGCAACUACUAAUUAUAUCGAUGGUACUGUUAGUAGUAUAAUCAACCAAUUGAAUUCAUUUGAUACUUUUUCACAAUUAGAUGAUCAUCAAUCUCGAUCAGGUGGUUCAGGGAAUAGUUUGCCAACAAACAAUAGCCCAUUAAAGACACCAGUACCACAAUCUCACUCUCCAUCAGUAACUUUACCGCCAUCACAAACUUCACCACCAUCACCGUCGCAGCCACAUUCUAGCCAAACACAAGAUUCACCACAAAUCACAGAUCAAAAUGACAGAUCUGACCCAAUACAAAUUCAUGAUACAAAUCCUGGGACAGGAAUGCCUAGAACACUAACAAAUUUUAGUAAAAACCAUUCAAGCACAGGAAAUGGAACCACAAAUGGAACUGUUGUUAAAAUGAACGAAAAAACAUCAAUAUGGUGUAUAGGAUCAAAUAAGAAAUUUGAUUUAAUGGGUAUUGGCAUUAUAUUUAUUUCAGCAUCCAUUAUUUUAGCAAUUAUGUAUAAGUAUAUAUCAUUUGGAUCGGGAACACAUUCGAAGAAAAAAAAAACUAUGAAAAGAGUUAUAAAAUAUGGUGAUGGAACCAGAAAGACACGAAUAAUUAUAAAAUCACAUGAUAGGAACAAACACCUAAAACCAGUUAUAAAUUCAGUUGGUAGAAAAAAAUAUCCAUUAUUAAAUAUAUACAAACUUAUGCAGGCAGAUCCUAUGCCAUUUAUUAAUUUAUUUUUUUUGUUAAUUUUUUUUGUUUAUAAAAGAAAAUUAAAUUAUUUAGAAUUAUAA